UGCCUGGUCGCCCCAGCAACCGAGUCGCAUUCUGCGCCCUGGUAGCGCCUGGUUCCCUCCGGGCCGCAGAGCUGGCCACUCGGGAGGAAUCUCAGAGCCAAGAGAACGUCUCUAGCAACUCUCUGUCAACUGCAGAAGUGUAUAAGAUAAACUUUAUAUUUCCAAAUGGAGACAAGUAUGAUGGUGAUUGUACAAGAACAUCUUCUGGAAGCUUUGAGAGAAAUGGAAUAGGUAUCCACACCACUCCUAAUGGGAUUGUCUACACAGGAAGCUGGAAAGAUGACAAGAUGAAUGGUUUUGGAAGACUUGAGCAUUUUUCAGGAGCAGUAUAUGAAGGGCACUUUAAGGACAAUAUGUUUCAUGGACUGGGGACUUAUACAUUCCCAACUGGGGCAAAGUACACUGGAAAUUUCAAUGAAAAUAGGGUGGAAGGUGAAGGACAAUAUACUGAUAUCCAAGGACUAGAAUGGUGUGGUAACUUUCAUUUCACUGCUGCUCCAGGCCUGAGACUAAAGCUCCACAUGUAGAUAGAUAUUCUGCACUGAAGUUUUAAUGUGGCAAUUGAAGCUGUUAGUUGUAAGAAAAACAAUUAAAUCUGUCAUCUGAAUUAACUUCAUACACUACCUCUGUAUUAUAAUUUUGUCAAUAAAACUACCAUUCACUAUGCCUUUUUAAACUUUAUUUUCAUCAUCAUAUAAUUAGUUUAAAAUAAAUUAUGUGAUUCA